CUCAGUUGAUGGUGAACCGUUAAUCAGACCAGUCGCGGAUUUCUCUCUAUGAACAGUGUCUGCAACCAUUUUGUCGACUUUGAAAAUAUUCAAGUGUUUGAACAUAAUUUCGAGUGACGAUUGAAACUUGUUUAAAAUUAAAAGUAUAUAAUCUAGAUAAAAGCGAAAAGAAAACCAGACAAUCAAAUUAAAUGACAUACAAUUCAAAUCGAAACGCAUAAAGUGAAAUUGUUAUUACAAAAUUUUAGUGCAUUAAAAUGACGGAAAUUUGUACAUCGUAAAAUUUAAUUUUACUGGAUUUUUAUUUUCCGUUUACCGUUCGAUUUUAUAUUUGCGUUCGAAGAAUUUGUUGUGAACGCUUGAAAAUAGUGGGUCAUUUUUUUGUGCGGGGAUUUUGUUUAGCCCAUUUUUCUUGCGAAAGGCCUAGCAGCGGCACUCCUUAUUCUUUAUGGAUUUUUGUGUUUUUAGUGUACCUUUUAGCAAAAUGUUUUUGAAAUUUUUAAUAAUUGUUUCAAUAUUCACCACAUGGGCGACAUUUGCACAAUUUUUACAACCGGUUGAAGUAAAUACGAUAGGAUCGGAAUGUGCGCUUAUUCUGCCCGGUGGAGCUCGAUCAUCAGCAUACGAUCACACAUUGAAUGUAUUUCGAGUCGGAGGAUUAAAUACCAUUCAAGACACUUCAAAGACCUGUAUUACCUACGAUAGCAUUAAUGCCGCUUAUUUGGAUGCUCGCAAGAGAAUUGCCGUGGCGCAGCCGAAGGGCGAAUGGAAAACUGAAGAAAUCGCUACCGUUGGUGAGCUUCUGUUGGAUAUUUCAAUUCAAUUGGCGAGAACAUAUGGCCUAUCGUAUGAAGAUAUUGAAAAUGGUUUACCCCAAAUCGAUACAUCGCGAACGCUGAUCCGUGAAGUGUGUCCGCCAUUUUUAUCGGGCGUUGAAUGUCGUGCUGGAAAAUAUCGUCGUUUCGAUGGUUUAUGCAAUAAUCUGGAGCAUCCAACGUGGGGAGCCACUAUGACACCGUUCCAAAGAUUGAUCGGACCCCUAUAUGCCGAUGGAAUAAAUGCACCAAGAAUUUCGGUGACCGGUCGAGAUUUACCACUGUCCCGUGUUGUUUCGCGAACAAUUCACCCCGAUGAAGGUUUCCAUGAUCACGCCGGCACCGUAAUGGUCAUCGCUUGGGGUCAAUUUAUGGAUCAUGAUUUCACAUUAACGGGUACUCCAUUGGAUCCAGCUAAUCGCAACGACCCAGAAGAAUGUUGUAAUCGUGCAUUACACUUGAAGCAUCCAUACUGUAAUGAAAUUCGUGUUCCAGACGAUGAUUACUUCUAUCGUUUGUUCAAUGUAAAAUGUAUCGAUUUUGUGCGAGCAUUCCCGUCACCAAGAGCCGGAUGUAAACUUGGCUCUCGUGCACCGUUCAACACACUAACGGGUGUUAUUGAUGGCAACACCAUAUAUGGUGUGAAAGAGCAAUUCUCGCGAAAAUUGCGAGAAGGUCACGGCGGUUUAUUGCGAAUGAAUCCAGUUUUUCAGGAGUAUGGUUUAAAAGAUUUAUUACCAUUGAAACUCGAUUUUCCGGAUGAAGGUUGUACACGACCAAAUAAGAGUGUUUUCUGUUUUGAAGCUGGUGAAAUUCGUGUUAAUGAACAAUUGGUAUUGUCAUGUAUGCACACAUUAAUGGCACGAAAUCAUAAUGAAUUGGCCAAAGGAUUAGCCGCAGUCAAUCCACAUUGGGACGAUGAAACUUUAUUCCAAGAAUCACGUCGCAUCAAUAUUGCAAUGAUACAACACAUUACAUACAAUGAGUUCUUGCCGAUUUUGUUGGGAAAAGAAGUGAUGGAGAAAUUCGGAUUGGUUUUGUCGAAAGAAGGAUAUUGGGAUGGCUAUGAUCCAAAGGUGAAUCCAUCAAUUUUGGAUUCAUUUGCGGCUGCUUCAUUCCGUUUCGGUCACUCAUUGUUGCCAACAGCCGUUGAAAGAUGGUCGAAAGCACAUAAAUUCAUUUCCUCAAAACGUUUAUCCGAUUUGAUUCGUCGUCCAUUCGACUUGUACCGUGCUGGUGUAUUUGACGAGUACUUAAUGGGUCUCAUGAAUCAAGUGGCUCAAGCGAUGGACGAUUCAAUUACCCAAGAAGUCACAAAUCAUCUAUUUAAAAAAGACGGCCAUCGUUUUGGACACGAUUUAGUUUCAUUUAACAUGCAAAGAGGUCGUGAAUUUGGUUUGCCUGGUUACAUGGAAUUCCGUAAAUUCUGCGGUCUACCAGUGUCAAAUACAUGGGAAGAAAUGGGCGGAACAAUGACCAAUGAGACUAUUUACCGUUAUCAAAGCAUUUUUGAACAUCCAGCUGAUAUUGAUUUAUGGAGUGGUGGAGUUUCCGAAAAGCCGCUGCCAGGGUCAAUGUUAGGACCAACAUUUGCUUGUGUUAUCGCCACCCAAAUGAGUUACAUUCGUCGCGGUGAUCGUUUCUGGUAUGAAUUGCCAAAUCAACCAUCGACAUUUACACCCGAACAACUUCAAGAGCUGCGAAAAACAAAAUUCUCACGAAUCAUUUGCGAUAACACCGACUUGAUUGACACCGUUCAAAUUUAUCCAAUGGUUUUACCUGAUCACGAAAUUAAUCCCCGUGUGCCAUGCAAGAGUGGAAUAAUCCCUUCAAUAGACCUUACGAAAUGGGCUGAAUAUGCACCAGACUUGGCGCCACAUCAAUUCAAUGUUUUAAAUGAAAUUCCAAACACAGUGGAUUUCACUAAGCGUCGUCGGCGGUCUCGUGAUUUUGACGAUGAUGGUGAUCACCAUCACGAUGGUGAAAAGAAAUCGAAAGGCCUCAAAGUCUACGAAUACUAUGAAUCAAAGCGAACGAAAACAAAGAAGCCAAGUCAUCAUGAUAUGACGACAACGGUUUAUACGACAAAAACUGUAACCGGAAAAGAUAAAGAGCCAAAACAUCGAGAGCGAUUACGUGUGCACAUUAAACCAAGACCGCAUAAAUACCAAGAAUCCGAAUUGGAUGACCUAUCGAAUGAUCAGUAUUUUUAUGAUCAAUUGGAAAAGAAUAAACCAACAACUGCGACUAGUGAAGAAAUAGAACAUGUUCAUGAGCUACCCAAUCCAAAUCAUGACGUGGUCUUCUAUCAUGGUUCACACAAAGGUAAGAAAAAGGAAAAAAACCGUCAAAAAUUGGCCAAUAUUCAAGAACAAACGGCAAAUGAUGACAGUUUCGACGAUUAUGGUGAAAUGAUGAUGCCCGAUAAAGAUGUUGAGAUGCACGAUACGGUUGAGAAAAAUACAAAGGAGUCUUACGUUCAUGGGUCGACCCAAAAUGAAAAAGUGAAAAAACGUCGACGACCCAUUUGCAGUUCUCAAAAUCCUAUAUCAGAAAAUGCCAAACUUGUGCAUAACACAAACUCCCAUGGCCUUCCAUACAAUCACAAGGAUGUUUAUCAACCAGUGCGCAAGCGAAAGUUCGAACGAAUUAUGGUGACAAAGAAAUUGAGCAGCCCAGACGAACUGCAUGCCGAAAUCGAUAAAAUAUUUCAAAUGAAAAAUAAACACUAUGACAAACGUGGACACGAUAAAUCACAUUGGGAACUACGCAUUGUGCCAAAACAUUAUGAUGAAUCACACAAUUUUUGAAUUAGCAGAGGAAUGAUUUUGA